CCCACAGUAAUUUAUGUGGUUUCAGGCGGAGUUCACCCUCACGGUGGUUGGUUCCGGUGCCCUCAGUUCUCUUUAGUGUUUGCCGAUGUUGAAGGCUCCGCUCUGAGAUAUCGAGCAUGGCUCAAGUGAAAGUGCAGACCCCAGUGCACCCGGUGCCCUCCAUCAAUGGCACCGCACUCCCAGCUCAACCAGGAGCUCCUCCCCAGGAUAACAUGGCAAACCCUAAAGAGAAAACCCCCAUGUGUUUGGUGAAUGAGUUAGCCCGCUUCAACCGAAUCCAACCCCAAUACAAGCUGCUCAACGAGAGGGGACCUGCACACGCCAAGAUCUUUUCAGUGCAGUUGAGUCUAGGUGAGCAGGUUUGGGAGGCUGAAGGUUCCAGUAUUAAGAAAGCUCAGCACUCAACAGCCAAUAAAGCGCUGGCAGAGAGCUCACUGCCACGCCCGCCUCCUCGCAUCACCAAACCCGACGCACACACCAACCCAGGCAGCAUCACUCCCACAGUGGAGCUGAACGGAUUAGCUAUGAAGCGAGGAGAGCCGGCCGUGUACAGACCACUCGAACCCAAACCCGUCCACAACUACAGAGCAAACUACAACUUCAGAGGAAUGUUCCACCAGAGGUAUCACUACCCAGUACCCAAGGUGUUCUACGUGCAGCUGACGGUGGGCAGUAACGAGUUCAUCGGUGAGGGACGGACUCGCCAGGCUGCUCGACACAGCGCUGCCAUGAAAGCACUACAAGAUCUGAGGAACGAACCCAUCCCCGAAAAACCACCUCAGAGCUCGGAGGAGAAGAAAGAUUCGGAGGACGAGACAGACGCUAAUAAAUCAGAGAUCAGUUUGGUGUACGAGAUCGCUCUGAAGAGAAACAUGCCUGUUAACUUCGAGGUGCUGAAAGAGAGCGGUCCUCCUCACAUGAAGAGCUUCGUGACCAAAGUCACAGUGGGUGAGUUCUCCGCUGAGGGGGAGGGAAACAGCAAAAAACUGUCCAAGAAACGUGCUGCCCUCUCCAUCCUGCAGCAGCUCAAGAAACUGCCCUUCAUCCCCACAGUGGAAAAACCCAAACUGCACUACAAAAAACGGCCCAAAACCAUCCUGAAGGCGGGGCCGGAGUAUGGACAGGGCAUGAACCCCAUCAGCAGGCUGGCUCAGAUCCAACAGGCCAAACAUGAGAGAGAACCUGAGUACACGCUGCUGUCUGAGAGAGGCCUGCCCCGCCGCCGCGAGUUCAUCAUGCAGGUGAAGGUGGGUGAGGAGGUGAGUACAGGAUCAGGACCGAAUAAGAAAGUGGCUAAACGUGCAGCUGCUGAAACCAUGCUGCUCCAACUGGGAUAUAAAGCUUCAACUCCUGUACAGAACCCAGCCGAGCAGAACCAAACCGACAAUAAUAGCUGGAACGGACAGAGAGCUGCUGCUUUCCCUGAGCCCAGCAACACCACGCAGAAGGGGAUCCUGCACCUCUCCCCAGACGUGUACCAGGAGAUGGAGGCCAGCAGGAAUAAAGGAGGCACCACCACCGUCCCCACCAGCACCUCCUCUGUGCCCUUCAUGAACACGAAAGACUCGAGCCAGGCGUCGUUCUACUCCAGCAGCUCCUCCAAGACGGCCGCCAUGGCACGAGAGCUGCUGAGCAAAUCGCCCAAAACUCCCGCCGCCCCCUGCAGCUCCGUCCAGCCGGCGCAGCAGCUCGAGUACCUCGCUCACCUCCAGGGCUUCCAGGUACGAGAACCUGAGGUGCAGUACAUGGACAGACAGACGGAUUCGGAGUUUGUAACGUACCUCACACUCUCACCCGUCCAGAUGAAUUUCCACGGAGUAGGAAGCUCCAUACAGGCCAGUCAUGACCAGGCAGCUCUGGGUGCUCUGAAGCAGCUCUCAGAACAGGGACUGGACCCCCUCGACCCCCAGGUGGAGAACGGAGCGUGUGACAUGACGGUGAAACAUGUGGAUGGUAAACAGAAUAAUUCGGGCUCUCAGGACUAUGCUGAUCCAAACGCCGUCAUGUAGACCAGCACCACCGGAUCUCCAACACACACACACACACACACACACACACACAGUAUGUGAAAACACUAUCUAACCUUUAGUUACUCUGAAAACUAGCUAUCUAAUGUUAAAAAGAGAAACAGAAAGAGAUAACGAGCUCAUGAGGAGCUCACGAGACACUCAUAAGGAGUUCAUAAGGAAUUCAUAAGGAGUUUAUAAGGAGUUCAUAAGGAGCUGAUGCAUGGUACAGUGUUGAAUUGCAGCAGAAUCUUGAGAGCGGAUGGAUGUUUUAGUUUGAGCCGUUUUAGUUCGUGUGGAUGCAGCAGGUGUGUUUGACGACUGAUUAAAUGAAUCAUGAUAAAUCAGUCAGUGGGGGGCAUGUGUGUGUGUGUGUGUGUGUGUGUGUGGAGGGGGGGUAUUUUGUUAUAAUUAUUUGUGCUUAAGUGUGUACUGAUGAUCUGAUGAGCGCCGUGCUGUGAAACUCUGUAGCCGUUCGUAUAUAAUCAGCAGCGUCGCGUUAAUUCUGUUUGUCUGUGUCCAAAAAAUCAACCAAUUAAAAGCCACCUCGUACCACAGGAACAGUAUCAGCGAGUGUGUGUGUGUGUGUGUGUGUGUGUGUGUGGUGUCUCUGUACGUGUUCACUCAGUGGAGAGCCUCAGCGUGUACGGAGGACCACGCCUCUGUCUCAUGUCUGAGCAGAGAGAGAGAAUCGUUUUCCUCGUGUUUCUGUUCAGCUCCAGUCGACUCUUUUACUGAACACUGACUUCAUCUUACCUUCAUCAUCAAGGUCUGAUUUAUGGAGGGUGCAGAGAUGGUUGUCCAUCCAACAGUUACUCCUAUCUCACAGGGUCCUGUACAAGGAUUUGGCAGUGGUAGACUUCUAAUCUGAUUAACAUCUGCUGCUGUACUUUAAUGAGAUAAAAAACUUAAUUGAGGAAUUUUGUUGAUGUUGUGGAACACGUGAAUCUUUGUGUGGUGUUUGAGUCCCACUGGUUUGAUCAUGUAGUAACCCAGCUUUAGGUCCAACAGACUAGCAGUUGUAUGUCAGGUUGAUGGUGGUUUCUCAUAGUUCCUGUGUUGAAUGCAGUAUAAAGACCGGAGAGACUUUGAUCAUGACCAGAUCGUUAUGAUCAGAUGGGUUGGGGUUGUCUGAUCAUAACAAUCCCAAACAGCAGCGCGUGUCGGUGAAGGUGCCCACAUGCCAACUACUGCCCACUAUCAAAAACACCUACAGUGAUCACACACACAUCAGAACUGGACAUCUGAGCAAUGGAAGAAGAAACUCCACUUACAUUAGUGGAUAAAACCUGAUAGUCGACAAAUUGUGGUGAAACGGGGUAAAAGUGCUAAAUAAAAUCAAUAAAUAAAUGUAAAAUGGUGAGAAUAAUCACAAGAAUAAUAUUAAUGAUAUUUAGAUAUUUUUGCUUUCUGAUGUAAACAUUGGACUCAGUUAUUGGAAUUGAAAAGUUUCAUCUCUUCA